AUGUUGCGAGUAAAUUACGUGGCACUUGCCAGUUCAAAGACAUGCUCUGAUCGGGGCAGUUUGAUUGUUUCAUCAUGUUUAUUAUUGUUAUUGGUCGUAUUCACAACGUUUACGUACGGAUUGACUCCGGUAUCAAAUGAUUUGUUCUAUAGUAUUAAAACAGAGGAGACGAGUGGGUUUUCAGUUGAGUGGAAUGAAAAUACUUUGGGUAAGAAUGACUUUGAACCAAAUAUUGUGGUAAACGGAAAAUUAUUCUUCAGUGCUCAUCAAACCAUUAAUCAAGCAAGCAUGGGAAUUGGAAAAAAACAAAUUCUUUCGUUGGAUGUUGAUGGCAGGAUUCAAGUAUAUGAAAGUCCUGUAACAGAAUUAGAAGACAUCGAAAUGAUGUACUCGAACGGAAACACAUUAUAUUUUUCUGCCAAAGAAAACACAUUAUUCAAAGUAGACAUUACUGGCAAAACAACAGAACAGUUAUCAUAUGGGGUGUUGAGCUAUUCGAAACAACAAGUUGGUCAAUCCCAUGUUAAUUUUAUCAAGAGCAAACAAUUUUUGAUUAUUAAUACAGUAGAUAGUGCAACAACACCAACAACAGAUCAGGCCAUCGAAAUGGUCUACUUUCCAAUUACAGUGAAAAACGGUGGUGAUGCUCUCUCCCCAACAUCGCAACCUCAAAACGAUUUGAUGGUCAUUGCUGUCCAUAAUAUCACCAAUGCUACCUUUUCUCGAUUAUCAUUCGAAGCUUCAAAUACUAUUUCACUUCAAACUCAUAGCGAGUUGUUAUCACCAGAAAAGAAUAUGCCAUUCAGUUGGACAAGUUGUGUACUGUUUCAUUACAACAACCAAGUUAUUGCCUAUAAUAGGGAUCAACUACAGUAUAAGGUUGUUAUUAAUGACAUCCCAAGCAUAGACUUCCACUCCUUUCAAAAUGAAGUCUACAUUGUUGGAUCGCAUGGAGGCAAACUGUACAUUAUCAGGAAUGAUGGCACUGCAAAUUCAGUAGUAACUCAAGUGACUGAUUUCUUCCCAAUUGAAAAUGGUUUUUAUGCUGUCGAUGCAGAGUCAGAUGUCUUCAAGGUUGAGUUGAUCGGCAAUAAUGUCAAACAAACAAAGGUUGAGCUCACUUCCAACUGCGCCAAUGUGAAGAUUCUUACCGUUAACAAUGAAAAUUUAAUUCUUAAAUGCAAACAUGCAAUGACCAAACUCAACCAUGUGAUUAGAAUUUUCAAAGAUGAAGAACACUCUCUCGUUAAGGAUGAUGAUACUUCUGAUAAAGGAGGAUGGACCUUUUUUAUGAUUCCACUGAGCAAGGCAAAUAUUGAAUUUACCUUAUUAGCAACUGCCAACACAGUCAAUCCAAAGAUGAUCAAAUUCUCAUUGAAACCACCCAUGAUGUGUCAUGGUAAGAACUAUACCGAUCCAACAGUCUGCAAUGGAAGAGGAAAAUGUGUCGGUGAAAAUACUUGCUCUUGCUUUGGAAAUUCUGCUGGAUCUGCAUGUGAAAGUUGUAAAAGUGAUUAUGAAGGUCCAGAUUGUCAAUAUUACAUCAUCCGCAAAUGCUUUGGAAUUCCAUUCAAUGAUUCUACAGUGUGCUCUGGAAGAGGAGAGUGUGUUUCAGCAAACACUUGCCAAUGUAGACAUGAGUACAGUGGUUAUAAUUGUCGUUUUACCACAUGUUUUGGAGUGAGCAGCAACUUGACUACUGGUGUUUGCUCAGGUCAUGGCUAUUGUUCAGAUUACAAUGUGUGUGAAUGUGAUGUAGCCUUCACAGGACCAAUGUGUGAAAUUUCAGAAAAGCCACAAGCAAAGCUCUACCCUAUCAUGAUCACUUUUGGUGCUCUAUCAUUGGUAACGGUUAUUCUAUUGUUGACCAUGGUUUUUUGUUUCCUUGGAAAGCAUAGGAAAGAGUACCUUGCCACCUAUGGAAAACGAACUGUAGUGUCAACGGAAGAUGACGACAAUUUGUUCUUAGACGAAGUUGAAGAUAAUCCAACAGCACAAGAGAAAUCUAACAAGAAGUCUUCGCAAAACGAGUACUCUCUCUCCUUGAGCGAUGAAGAACUGGAAGUGUACAACUAA